AGAGGGAAAGUCGCAAGUCUGGGCCACGGGGAUUGCAUGUGAAAACGUGUGUUAUAUAUUAAGAAUUCAGGAUCCUGGAUAUAUAUACAUUGCAUAUCUUGCGCCCAAGGUUCGAUUCCCCAUGUUUGUCUUUACAUUGAAAUUGUUGGAAACAGAUGGAACAAUUCGGCAGCUUAACGCAACAAAACAAACCGAACCAACCCGGGGGUUAGCCAAAGCUUUAGCUGUAGUGGUGGUGGAGUUGUAGCUGAGUUGGAUCCGGAGAGUACAAGUAGUGGAUAGAUUUGGUGGUGGGGUUCAUCCACGGGCAGACCGUUGUGUGAUUUGUCUGCAGGGCUGGCGUCCAUUUUCCUGGAGAAGCUACCAACGAAGGUGGCCGCCUAUUUGUGGGACCUCCAAAAUCAACGCAUAUUAAAAUAUAAAGGAUUUGUGGAUGUUACAGAGAAGAAUAGGUUUUGCUCUCGAUCGCCACAGGGAUUUACGCAGAUCAUAUUUGGUUGCAGACAUUACUAGAAGGCUUCUCCAAGUCUUCCACGCCUAGGGCUUGUGCUGAAAGGGAUCUAAAGAAGCUAAGGUUGACAGGGCGGGAGUGGAAAUGGAGGCCAGCGCAGGGCUGGUCGCUGGCUCUCACAACCGAAACGAGCUUGUGGUCAUCAGGCCCGAGGGCGAGGUUGGGCCGAAGCCUUUGCAUCAUUUAGACAGUCAAAUAUGUCAAAUUUGUAGCGACGAGAUUGGGACGAUAGUAGGAGGAGAGCUUUUUGUUGCCUGUAAUGAGUGUGCUUUUCCAGUCUGCCGGCCAUGCUACGAGUACGAGCGGAGAGAGGGCAACCAGGUUUGCCCUCAAUGUAAAACCAGAUACAAGAGGCAUAAAGGGAGUCCUAGAGUAGAGGGAGAUGAGGAAGAGGAUGAUGUUGAUGAUAUAGAAUAUGAAUUUGGUUUUGGGGAUCGAGAUAAGCAAGACAGACAUUACACUGCCGAGUCCAUGCUUCAUGGGCAAAUGAGCUAUGGCCGAGGAACUGAUAUGGAUGCUGAUCAAGUGCCACAGAGCAUGAUGCCUCAAGUGCCAUUGCUGACGAAUGGUCAGAUGGAGUAUGGAAUAUCUCCUGAACAUCAUGCACUUGUAAUACCUCAAUUUAUGGGAGGAGGCAAACGAGUUCAUCCUCUUCCCGAUCCUGAUCCAAAUUUUCCAGUGCAAACUAGGUCGAUGGAUCCUACCAAGGACUUGGCAGUUUAUGGAUAUGGGAGUGUAGCUUGGAAAGAGCGAGUUGAGAGUUGGAAGAGGAGACAGGAUAAACUGCAGGUUAUGAGAACCGAAGGGGAUGGAUUAAAGGAAGGGGGACCUGAUGGCAAUGGACCAGAUGAGCCCGAUCUACCAAUGAUGGAUGAGGCAAGGCAGCCUCUGUCAAGAAAGUUGCCAAUUCCUUCCAGCAGAAUAAAUCCUUACAGAAUGAUCAUCAUCAUUCGGCUUGUAGUUCUGGGUUUCUUUUUCCACUACCGAAUCCUUCAUCCUGUCCCAGAUGCUUUUGGAUUAUGGAUUACUUCAGUUAUCUGUGAAAUGUGGUUUGCAUUCUCUUGGGUCCUUGAUCAAUUUCCAAAAUGGCUCCCGAUUGAAAGGGAAACAUACCUGGACAGAUUAUCAUUGAGGUACGACAAGGAGGGUCAGCCUUCAGAACUUGCUGCUGUUGAUCUGUUUGUUAGUACUGUUGAUCCAAUGAAGGAGCCACCUUUAAUCACUGCAAACACAGUCUUAUCUAUACUUGCAGUGGAUUAUCCUGUAGACAAAGUUUCUUGCUAUGUUUCUGAUGAUGGUGCUGCCAUGCUCACAUUUGAAGCAUUAUCUGAAACAUCGGAGUUUGCAAGGAAGUGGGUUCCUUUCUGCAAGAAGUUCAACAUUGAACCUCGUGCACCAGAAUGGUACUUUGCUCAGAAGAUAGACUAUCUCAAGGACAAAGUACAAACUUCCUUUGUGAAAGAGCGGAGGGCAAUGAAGAGAGAAUAUGAAGAGUUCAAGGUUCGUAUUAAUGCUUUAGUGGCCAAGGCACAAAAGGUGCCAGAGGAAGGUUGGACAAUGCAGGAUGGAACACCUUGGCCUGGUAACAAUGUGCGGGACCAUCCAGGAAUGAUUCAGGUGUUUCUAGGUCAUAAUGGAGGACAUGAUGUUGAUGGAAAUGAACUGCCUCGCUUGGUGUAUGUUUCUCGUGAAAAGAGGCCUGGGUUUAAUCACCACAAAAAGGCUGGUGCUAUGAAUGCAUUGGUUCGAGUUUCAGCAGUCUUGACAAAUGCUCCUUAUCUAUUAAAUGUGGAUUGUGAUCAUUAUAUAAAUAACAGUAAAGCAAUUCGUGAAGCUAUGUGUUUCAUGAUGGAUCCCACGAUGGGAAAGAAGGUCUGUUAUGUGCAAUUUCCUCAGAGGUUUGAUGGCAUUGACCGUCAUGAUCGAUAUGCCAAUCGUAACAUUGUGUUCUUUGAUAUCAACAUGAAAGGUUUGGAUGGGAUCCAAGGGCCUAUUUAUGUGGGCACUGGUUGUGUUUUUCGAAGACAAGCUCUUUAUGGAUAUGAUGCUCCUGUAAAGGAUAAAACACCUGGAAGGACAUGCAAUUGCUUACCGAAAUGGUGCUGCUGUGAAUGUUGUGCAUCCCGAAAGAAGAAUAAGAAGACAAAAACCAAGCAAGAAAAGAAGAAGAAGAAGAAGAAAUCCAAACGUGGUGAUGCAUCCAUUCCUAUGUAUCAUUUGGAGGACAUAGAAGAGGGGGUAGAAGGAAUUGAAAAUGAAAAGUCAUCAUUAAUGUCUCAAAAGAACUUUGAAAAGAAAUUUGGGCAGUCACCUGUGUUUGUAGCCUCUGCUCUUCUAGAGGAUGGUGGUGUACCACAAAAUGCCAGUGCUGCAUCCCUCUUGAAAGAGGCCAUUCAUGUUAUUAGCUGUGGCUAUGAAGAUAAAACAGAGUGGGGAAAAGAGGUUGGGUGGAUAUAUGGUUCAGUUACAGAGGACAUUUUGACUGGUUUCAAAAUGCAUUGCCAUGGAUGGCGUUCUAUAUACUGUGUUCCCCCUAGGGCAGCUUUCAAGGGAUCUGCUCCAAUUAACCUUUCAGAUCGGCUUAAUCAAGUUCUACGUUGGGCUCUUGGAUCAGUAGAAAUUUUUCUGAGCAGACAUUGUCCCAUUUGGUAUGGUUAUGGAGGUGGUCUGAAAUGGUUGGAGAGGCUAUCAUAUAUAAAUGCAACUGUCUAUCCUUGGACAUCCAUACCCUUGGUAGCAUAUUGUAUUUUGCCAGCUAUAUGCUUGCUCACUAACAAGUUUAUUAUUCCUGAGCUGAGCAAUGUGGCCAGUUUAUGGUUUAUCGCUCUAUUUGUGUGUAUCUUUACAACUGGUAUUUUGGAGAUGCGAUGGAGUGGUGUUGGAAUUGAUGACUGGUGGAGAAAUGAACAAUUUUGGGUGAUUGGAGGUGUGUCAUCUCAUCUGUUUGCUGUGUUUCAAGGGUUGCUGAAGGUUCUUGCUGGUGUAGACACAAAUUUUACUGUAACAACAAAAGCUGGUGAUGAUGGAGACUUUUCAGAACUGUACUUAUUCAAGUGGACGACACUUUUGAUUCCCCCAAUGACGAUACUUAUAAUCAAUAUGAUUGCUGUUGUUGCUGGGGUGUCUGAUGCCAUUAACAAUGGUUAUGAUUCUUGGGGGCCUUUGUUUGGGAAAUUGAUAUUUGCAUUAUGGGUUAUUAUACAUCUUUAUCCUUUCCUGAAGGGUAUGAUGGGGAAACAGAACCACACACCUACAAUUGUUAUUGUGUGGUCCAUUCUUCUUGCUUCUGUCUUCUCUCUUGUGUGGGUUCGAAUUAAUCCAUUCAUUGCCAGGUCAGAUGGACCUGUUCUUGAGGAGUGUGGCUUAGAUUGUGAUUAAAGGUUUGGGCUGAUAUUGGACCAGAUGGUUAUCUAAGAGCCCUGCAGAAAACUCUCAGCUGUGAAACAUUCAUUAUUUUGCUGUGGUGAACAGGCAGGAAUGCUGGGUUCUUAUGGGAUGUGAGAAGUUAGUACUCAAUUAGUGCAGCAUAUCCUCUCUACCUAACAAGCUUUGUAGAUAGUGGGAAAGAGAGCACAUUCUGCAAUUCUUGGCAGAUGAAAGAGUAUUUGCACAAAACUAAUUAUGGCAUCAGUAGUUGAAACUCGACGAGGGGAGGGCUAAAGCUUGUCCCGUGUCGUUUAUUAUUAUCAAAGUAUUCUUUGAUGUGUUAGUGAAGUCGACAGUUAUACUUUCAUUGGGUGAAAUUUCUGUUCCAGUGAUCACAGAUUUUUUUUAAGACAAUUGCAGCAGAACACAUGGUUCUACUUUUUUGCAGUGAUAGAUGUCAACAUUGUGCAUAUUUAUUCAAAUUGGUCUUGCAUUGAUUUCUUUCCAAUAAGGGCAGAUUUUGCCCUGCCUUUGUCAUGUGCUAAAGGCAGUAGGAGUCAAGGACUUGGCUGAACCUAUUUUGUAUCCAUUACUCCUUUGGUCAGUGGAGCUUUAGAGUUAUUUGUGCUCAUUUCCUGCCUUAUUUUUUAGGUGUAUGGAAGUUGCAAAUGCGAUAUCGAAAUUGUAACGUAAGGCGACGAGCCAGUUUGGAAUGUCUGGACUCUUCAAUGUGAGGACCUGACAAUCUCACAAUGUGAACACUCUUUGGUAUGUGACAAGCUCCUGGAAUAAGAUUGGUGUCAUCUUGAUUGGACAGUUGUUCAAUUAUGUCAUAAGUGGAACUAGCAUUAAUAUUGUUCGGAA